AUGAAGCUCUCCAUAAUCCUCGGUGGCCUGGCUAUUACCCUGUCGACUGCCGCUCCCCUCGCCCCGAGAGUCGUGGACUACAGUCCCUUCCCUCUGGCAGAUGGCUUUCCCAACCCCUCGCAGGAGCAGAUCGAGGCAAUCCAGCAGCAGGCCCUGGGGACGCUGCCGAACAGUCCUCCGCCGCCGACCAUCAGUGCAGAGGGGAUCACCAAUCUGCAACUGAUUGCGCUGAACGAGAUCUUCGAGGUUGCCUUCUUCACCGAGCUGCUGGCCAAUGUGACCACCGGCUGUCCGGGAUUCGAGCUGGACGAGACUGAAAAGGAACAGUUGGUGGAGAUUCUGACGGCGGUGCAGGCUCAAGAGCAACUCCAUGCCCUCUCCGCCAAUACAGCCUUGAAAAACUUCAAUGUCGCCGAAAUCCUCCCCUGCGAAUACAAUUUCCGCGUGUCGAACCUCUCCUCCGCUCUCACCCUAGCCAGCACCUUCACCUCGCUCGUGCUGGGAACCCUGCAGGACGUGAUCGAGGUGUUUGCAGAGAACGGCGAUGCGGCCCUGGCAGCUCAGCUGUCCUCAGUGGUCGGACAAGAAGGCGAACAGCAGGGUUUCUAUCGUUUCCAACAGGGGAAGAUCCCCAGCGAGCUGCCCUUUUUAACGGUAGCGACGCGGGAGUUCGCCUUCAACGCGCUGAUCCAGCAGUUCAUCGUUCCCGGCUCGUGUCCGAAUAUCAAUACUAUCAACAUCCCGCAAGUCGGGCCCUUGAACCUCAUUGCUGGACCGGAUAUCGCCCAGAAUAUAUCCACCGUUCAGUUCGAGUUCACCCUGAGCGGUCAAGAGGAAGCCACCGAAGUGGCAGCAGAGGAGCUCAAGCUGGCAUACGUGAACCAGCAGAAUGUCCCGAUCGUGGAAGAUCUGCAGAUCCUGAGUAUCGAGGGCCAAACGGUGCUCGUUCAGGCUCCGUUUCCGUACCGCGAGUACCUCAUGAACGGACUGACUGUCGCGGCCAUUGUGGAGGGAAAGCAGUUCGCAACGGCGCAGGAUGUGUCGAAAGCGAUGGAGUUUGGACCGGCGUUGAUUAUUAUCAACUGA